CACAACUCAAUGCGAGAUAGUGCAAGGAAAAUGAAAAUGAAACUUAGGACGGGCGCCAUUUACUUAUUGGUGACCGCCAUAAGUUGCGCUAUCGCCGGACCAACUAAAAAAAUAUCAUCAACGGGUUCACCACCUUCCAACGUUAAAGAUGAUAUGAAAAAUGUAAUAGCCAUGAUCCCCAAGGAAAGAUUCUUUGAACUUGCCAACAAACAUUUAAAGUACGAUGUGGGCUUUCAAGCAGCCAUUAAGUACUUUAACAGUUUAGAAUGGCAAAGGAUUUCGGAUAUAAUAAGAAAAAAUCCCGACUGGCAGAAGUUCAAACAAUUUCUGACAAACUUAGGCAUUGACAUAAAUAAGUACUUGAAAUGCUUGGAGGCGUUUUUGGAGCAGGCCGAAGUUCCUCAAGACGUACCAGAAGACGCGCAGAGAGACCUGAAGCCGUUCCUAGCCGAUCUGGAGGAGAGCCUGCCCGUUGCUAAAAUCCUUGCCAAAAUAAACGAGAGAAUUAUGAACAAUCCACAAUUCCAUGUCAUGUACGAUGAACUGUCCAGUCCCGAAUCACGUGCUUUGGUCGAAAAUGUCCGUGCCAUACCGGAAUUUGUUCAGAUGAUCGCCUCGUUGAACGACAUGGGCAUCCAAGUCGACGACAUUAUAAGUGCAUUCUACGUCUUCCUUGGCUGGGAAUAAUUUAUUAUUUCUAAACCACACAAAUCACGACAUUCUAAUAUACAUGUAAACCUUUUGGUUUCUCUGCCUAGAAAUUGUGUUAGUCAAAUAAAUUCUUAACGUUUGAA